UUUAGCUUCUCGCGUCUUGCAAAGCUUCCGGUUGAAGGCGAGACACGUAUCUGCGCAUGCGCUAAAGGUGGUGCCCGAUUCUAGUGCGCAUGCGCAGCAGUGGCGCCCUACAGAAAAUGAAUGCAGCGGAAAGCGGACGAAGAGACGGUAUGGGCGGUUAGUCUCACUCUGGAAAGUCUACUCAUUCUGUCUGUGCUUGUGUACAGAGGUCAAAGGUCAUGGGGGAGGACUUUGGGGCUUUCGUGGACUGGUCGCUGAUGGGGGAUGUGUCCCGUGAUGCCACACCGGGAAAAACUGAAUACACAGACACUAAAGAGCGUAAGCGCCACGCCCGCUCGGGUCAGUGGGUGAAGAGCCACUCGCAGCGAGCGCAGGUGUACCGGCGCCUCAUCAAAGCGCUGCCAUGCCGCUCUGUCACGCCUGACGCCGGCGUCUACCGCGCUGCAAAGGAGAAACACACCAAACGGGACAGCACUACAGACGUGAAACUGAAGAACGGUGACAUGUUGGCUGUAGAUUUGCCCGAGUUUGCGUCUGGAGCUCCGGUUCCACGUUACUGUUUAAAGCGUGAGUCUGCGACUUCAGUGGGCUCCGUGUUACAGAGUUUAGCGUCUGAAUUUCCAGACGUGUCCUAUUGCCCCUUGUUACCCGCCGUCACUGCGCUGCUGCUUCACUGGAGCUCGGAUGAGGCUCAGUGCUUUGAAGGCGUGGCUCGAUUGUUAGCGACAACGCAACAGCAGCGCAUGCUACACCAAACCUUCCUGGCUCACCGCGCUGCCUGCAUGACCUUUGGCGACCUGGCACGCAAGCACUGCCCUGCUGCUCAUGUGCACAUUGUUUCCUUGGCAACCGAAAAGAAGGAAGACGUGGCGGAGGUGUACGGAGACUGGCAGCGCUGGGUGUUCGGCGAUCUCCCGUUCUCCCACGCCGCCCGGGUCAUGGACGUCUUCCUGGUGGAAGGCUUUAAAGUGCUGUACCGAGUGGCGCUCGCCCUGCUCAAGCUCUACAGGAAGCAGAAACUGGACAAGAGGACGAGCAGGAAGGACUCGGACGGGGUCAGAGGGGACGUGCGAGAGUUUGUGAAGGGUAUCGCGAGCAGCGUGAGUCCAGAUAAGCUGAUGGAGAAAGCGUUCGCUAUAAGGCUCUUCAGCAGAAAGGAGAUCAACCUGCUGCAGCUGGCUAAUGAGAAAGCUCUCCAGCAGAAGGGCAUCACCGUCCAACAGAAGAGGUGUAAUGUGGACCUGACGGUGAAUGUGGACGGUUUCUGCUCUGACAUCAUCAGUGUGAAGGAGAUCAGGGACGUGUGGUCAUGGAUUCCUGAACGAUUUGCUCUGUGUCAGCCCCAUCUGCUGUUCAGCACCUCCACACACGGCUGCAGCCUCAACCGGUUUUAUUCACACUGUGAAGGACAUGAACCCACUCUACUGCUGAUCAAGACUACUGACGGAGAGGUGUGUGGUGCGUUCCUAUCCACAGACUGGGAAGAGAGGAAGCGAGGAGGAAGCACACUGAGCUUCUUCGGGACAGGCGAGUGUUUCGUCUUUAAGAUGAAGCCUGAGAUAGAGCGUUAUGAGUGGGUCAUCAUUAAACAUCCGGAGUUGGCCAGCUCUGCGUCUGAUCGUGCAGCUGAUGCUAACGCUGCAAACUCUGAUGAGAACAUACACUCACUCCCCGUGGAGGCUCCGCCCAACUCCAGCAGUGACUCCACCCACCUCUCGCCGUUCCUUGCCGCCCGACACUUUCACCUGAAUGCUCGUAACACAUCCAUGUUUAUGGCGGGAAACUUUGACUCUAUCAUCAUCGGAGGUGGUGAGGGGAACGCGCUGUAUAUCGACGCAGAGCUGAAUCACGGCCGGACGGGUUGUUGCACCACCUUCGACAAUCCACCGCUGUGUUCCGAGAACUUCCAGAUCGCCGUGCUCGAGGUCUGGGGCUUCCAGGACGCCAUGGCAACCUAACAGCCAAUUAGCACGUCCGGAGAGAGAAUACUGCAGCCAUCAUUACUGAGUUGAUCUUUAUAUCAUUAUAUUAUAUUAUAUUAUAUUACAUUACAUUACAUUACAGUACAUUACAUAACAUAACAUAAAAGCACGUCCUGAUUCUGAUCCUGAGCCUCCUGUUCACUACAUAGUGCACUACGUUUGGACAAAUUCUUGAAACAAACCCACCAGCAUACUCGAGAAAGUCUCCGAACAAUAAGAUAAAUUAUGCCCAUCACAAUAUCAGUGUCUGCUUACAGCUUCCUGUUCUCUAGUGUUUAUUAUUUGUGAUGUCAUUUCCUAUGUAGCACAUUAACAGUAGAAUAUUUCUGAGUUAAUUAUCACAGUAAACUGCCAUGCUGACAUAUCGUCACACCUCUAACCAGGAUCAGCGUUUUCCUUUUAUAAUCAUUUAUUAUUAGUAUCAUGGUGUACUAUCAAAACGAUAUAUCAUCACACACAGUGGACUGAUGCUUGUACAGAAUACCCAUGAUGCACUGCAGUCUUAUUUUGUUUUUCUUCAUUUUUAAAUCGCAAUACAUCAUACAUCUGUAUCAUUUGAUAUUAUUUAACGCUCGUUAUAUCGAGUUAAUGCUAGUUUCAGAAAUGAUCUUUAUUGUCAUGAUUCGUGAUCAUAUCAUCGUAUUUGAUGAAUGUUUUAUGAAUGUUAGAUUAACGUUAGAUUAAUGUUCUAUGUGUAGAUUUGCCAAAUGUCGUUUUAUCAAUUAAGCUUCGUGUGUGUGUGUGUGUGUGUGUGUGUGUGUGUGUGUGUGUGUGUGUGUGUGUGUGUGUGUGUGUGUGUGUGUGUGUUAGUUAUGUAUGAGAAGGAUGUUACUUGUGAAAUUGAACAUAUUAAUGAAGUGCAUGUGUUGUUAGUAACAUGUAUGAACAUAUCGUUAAAAUUGUAAUUGUUUUGAAAAAAAAGUCUUAAAGCCGAAGUACGUUGAUGUUAAAAUAACACGUACUUGAUAACAGAGGCUGUGUGUGUGUGGGUGUCUGGGUGUCUGGGUGUGUGUGUGUUCAGCAGUAUUAUCAUUGUGUAUGUUAUCAUUAAUUAAAGCACAUGACUCUAUCAUAAAUGUCAAUAAAGUGUUUAAUAAAGUGUGUAGAGCAAA